CGCGGCGGCGUGCAGAAGCGCAAGUCCGUGCGGCCCGCCGCCCGCCCCCGCGCCGCCGCCGCCCCCACGCCCAGCCGGUCCAGUCGGCGCUCCACCAGGCCCAAAGCGGCGCUGGAGAGCCAGCCGGCCCUGGCCGCCGGCAAGGACAUCGAGGAGGACGAGGCCGACGGUUUGGCGGAGGAGGCCGACGCCAAGGUCCAGGACGUGGAGCAGGAGAAGCGCGUGGUCAAGGCGGCAGGCCCCACCACCAUCGACGACCUCCCGGAGGAGGUGAUGCUGGGCAUCUUCUCGUACUUCAGGCCGCCGCAGCUGUGCUGGAAGAUCGGGCGCGUGUGCCGGCGCUGGGCGUCGUGGAGCGUGGCGCCCUUCCUGUGGCGGGGCCGCGAGUACACGCUGAGCCCCGACCCCAACCUGGGCUCCAGGCGCAAGGGGAAGGCCUAGCCUGGCCGGCCUAGCCUGGCCUUGACCCGCCCGCCACCCGCGUCCUCUCCCCGCUUCGCCUCCCGCAGUCGAAUUUCACCAGCCCUUGGCAGGGCCAAGGCAGCGCCCGCACUUUGCCGGUGUCUUUCUUAGUCACUUGAAGGCGCCUAGCGGUACAUAGUGGCAAUGCGAUCACGGGCCGGCCGGUUCUUUGUGUGCGUGUGUCUCCUGUUGUCUCCCCGAGUAUGUACCUGUGCCCUUUUAAAACGUACGCUAGGAUACGCUGUUAUUGCACGGGGCGGUUCGUUUCAAAGGGCAUUCCCUUCCAGUAAUAGCCUUAGUGUACUAGCUCUUGCAAUAUGAAAGAGAUCUCUUGUUUGUGAUAUUUAUCGUGUGUUUUGGCACUUAUUUAUUGUACUAGGUUUUAAGGCGUUUUAUUGGUUUGACGUUUGGCAAUGUCGGAGCAACUCACGUUGCUGAGUUCUCUCACGCGGCCCUUAGAGUCAGUAGAAUGCAUUGUUGUAUGAAGUAUUUAUUGUGACUGACCUGUGGGAUUUUGAUUGACAAUAAAAUUGUGUGUUAUUUUAAUUUUGGA